GCAUGCGUUGAAGCGGUAAUGGAGGAUAGUAAUCUACUCAUGGAUUUUACUCACAGAGGGCUUAGGUAGCCAGCUGUCUUUCUUCUGUGUUCACAACUGCUGUUUCUGUUGAUUACGAAGUGUUUGCAUCGCAAGAGAAAACUCUUUCAUCACCCGGGGAGCAGGUUGAGCUCCCAUUGAGUUUUGGGAUGGCGUCAGACGCAGUUUCCCAAAACCAUGGUUCCAAGGGGAUAAUGACAUUUUACCCCACUGCUGAGGAAUUCAAGAACUUCAGCCGCUACAUUGCAUAUAUAGAGUCCCAAGGGGCACACAAAGCAGGCCUGGCUAAAAUUGUCCCACCAAAGGAAUGGAAGCCGAGAAGUUCCUAUGAUGAUAUAGACGAUUUGGUGAUACCUGCACCUAUUCAGCAGGUGGUGACAGGACAGUCAGGCCUUUUCACUCAAUACAACAUUCAGAAGAAGUCCAUGCCUGUCAGAGAGUUCCGCAAGAUUGCCAACAGCGACAAGUUCUGUAGCCCUCACUAUGAUGACUUUGAGGAGCUGGAGAGGAAGUACUGGAAGAAUGUGACAUUUAACCCUCCCAUAUACGGAGCAGAUGUCAAUGGAAGUCUAUAUGACCCUGAAGUCAAAGAGUGGAACAUUUGUCAUCUGGGCACAAUUUUGGAUACCGUGGAACGUGAAAGUGGCAUCACUAUUGAGGGUGUUAAUACACCGUACUUGUAUUUUGGCAUGUGGAAGACCACCUUCGCUUGGCACACUGAGGACAUGGACCUCUACAGUAUCAACUACUUGCACUUUGGAGAGCCCAAAUCAUGGUACUGUGUUCCUCCAGAACACGGGAAAAGAUUGGAGCGUCUGGCUAAAGGGUUCUUUCCUGGUAGUGCCCAAAAUUGUGAGGCCUUUUUGAGGCACAAGAUGACCCUCAUCUCCCCCUCGAUACUGAAGAAAUAUGGUAUUCCAUUUGAAAAGAUUACUCAGGAGGCUGGUGAGUUCAUGGUAACUUUCCCCUAUGCCUAUCAUGCUGGUUUCAACCAUGGUUUCAACUGUGCUGAAUCCACCAAUUUUGCCACUGAGAGAUGGAUUGAAUACGGCAAGCAAUCGGUUUUGUGCUCAUGCCGUAAAGACAUGGUUAAGAUUUCUAUGGAUGUAUUUGUGAAGAAAUUCCAGCCAGACCGCUAUGAACAGUGGCUGGCAGGGCGAGAUGUGGUACCCAUCGAUCACUCACGGCCCACCCCAGAGGCUAAGGAGUUCUUGGGGGAGUCCUUCAAUGACAUCACCAGCAACAGUAACAACUGCUCCAUGGAGAGCUGUGAGGAGGAUGGAGAGUGGAAGAGCACCACACAAAGGAUAGAGACCAAGAGACACAGGGUGUGUCUAGAGGUGCCCGAGGAGGUUGUUCCCAAGGAUGAAGACGAGGAAGUGGAGCAGUACGGGAAGCGUCCCAGGCUAAGUCUUAUACCUCCACGUACUAUGUCACAAGAUGGCAAGAGAAACAAAGGCCCACCAAAGUUGGUAGUAACGCCAACCAAGCUCACUUUAAUGGAUCCAUUUCACAGGGGCUUAGGUAAUAGUGAUGCAGGCCGUACCCCUCACUAUACCAAGACUCGUGCACCUGCAAUCUCGUCUCAGUCACAGCCCAAGAACGGACAUCUAUCAGUUUCAGUGACACCUACGUGGACAGAAGCCACAGCCCAGCCUGCCCGUAAAAUGGGGGUAGCCAGCCUGCUCUUUCACAGGACUCUCAGUCCAAAAGACACUCUUCAAGUGCGCAGCUACACUCUAGAAAAGCACCAGCAGCCUCACACACAGCUUCAGGUGCACAGCUAUGCCAGAGAGCAUCAACCGCGUCAUCUCCAGCUCAGAGCCUGCACACUGCCUCACACACAGGUUCAGUCCUCGCCUCAGGCCCCAUGCUGUGAAAGAAAGGAGCCACAGCCAGAACCCAAAAACAUUCUUACCAAAGUAGCACUGAAUGAUUCAGAAGCACACAGUCCUGUGGAGAAGAACCAAAAAGAGGACAAACCCAAAAUUUCAACGUCUCUUGAAGCUCAGGCUGAAGAGGAGAAGCCUGAAGCUGAGGACACCAGCAGGUCUGCUUCCCCUCAGACUCUAACACAACCCAGAGAGUUAAACAUGGAGAUUGAGGCCCCCAAGAACAGCAAAAGAAAGAGUAACCAAUGCCCCCUUGCGGAUAGUGGCAUUAUCAUCCUGAAAGACACCAUUCCUGUCAGGAAACCAAUGCACGAUGAGAUGAAGGUGAUCGCACCUCAGUGUCUGCAGGUACUGCAGAAGAAUCACUAUGUGUCAGAAGAGCAAUCGUACUGCAAGUCAGUGGUGAAGAAGCAACAGCAGCAAGCGCAGCUCUGUAGACUUCCCCGUCAUCACCCCUUAAUCAGAGAGGUGCACAGUGACGAUGAGGUGUAUGUAGAUAUGGAGGUCGAGCAAGAAGAGAAAGAGGAGUGGGCAAAGCCGCUUACUCAACUGUGGCAGUGUCGACCAUAUAACCCCCAGACAGAGAGGGAGUACAACAAGAGGAUGGGCCAGCAGGCCCCUUACUGCUCCAUCUGUCUGCUCUUCCACACUUACCAACAGUCUGAGUCCAGUAGUGGGAGUUCCAGCGUGACAUUGGUGAACCAUCCAGGAGGCCGCCAAUGGUCCAAACCAAUCAUCCCUGAAAUGUGUUUCAACACCCAAACCAGCAAGACAAAUGAUGGCGGGGAGGGACAGCUGUCUAACCCACAUGUAGCAGAGGACGGGACCAGCCGGUUGGUCAGCUGUGCUCAGUGCUGCGUCCGCGUACAUACCAGUUGCUACGGUGUGUCUGGGGAUGAAGCGGAGCUAGACGACUGGCUGUGUGCUCGCUGUGAGGCUGAUGCCACCACCGAGGAUUGUUGUCUGUGUUCCCUCAGAGGUGGAGCUCUGCAGAAAGCCAACAAUGACAAGUGGGUUCAUGUGCUUUGUGCCAUCACUGUGCUGGAAGCUCGCUUUGUCAACAUCACCGAGCGGAGCCCCAUCGAUCUCUCUGCAAUCCCACUGCCACGCUUCAGACUGAAGUGUGCGUACUGCAGGAAGCGGAUGAAGAGGGAAGUGAAGGGCUGCUGUGUGCAGUGCUCCCACGGGCGCUGCUCCACGGCAUUUCACCCCACCUGCGCUCAGGCAGCUGGGAUCCUCAUGCACCCAGACGACUGGCCGUUCAUAGUCUACAUCACCUGCCACAGACACCGAGCGCCUAUCAUGCCUGAGCGUGACAAGGCUUCCAUGCGGGAGUUGGCAGUGGGUCAGAAGGUGAUCUGUAAAUACAAAAAUGGCCGUUACUACCACAGCGACGUGGUAGAACUGACUACAGCCACCUUCUACGAGGUUGUGUUUGACGAUGGAUCAUACAGUGACAACCUCUUCCCAGAGGACAUCGAGAACCGGGACUGUGUCCGACUCGGUCCACCUGCAGAAGGUGCUGCUGUUCAAGUGCGAUGGACAGACGGGUUGAUAUACGGGGCCAAGUUCGUAGCGUCGCACUCCAUCCCCAUGUACCUGGUUGAGUUUGAGGAUGGAUCACAAAUCUCUGUCAAACGAGAAGACAUCUACACUCUAGAUGAGAAUCUGCCCAAACGAGUGAAGUCAAGAAUGUCGGUGGCGUCAGAUAUGCGUUUUGAGCUCUUCACACAGAACGACGUCAAGCAGAACUCCAAAAGACAACGGGUCAUCAACUCUCGAUACAGAGAGGACUACAUCGAACCCGUCAUUUACAGAGCCAUCAUGGAGUGACGUCCGUCUCUCUCUCUCUUUCCUCCUGCUUUUCCACCUCUCCUCCUCCACCUCAUCAACUCACCACAGAGAGCUGCAGCUCCAGGUCUUUGCUUCCUGGUCUGGCUUUCCUGUUUCUGCCUGCUGCUGAUAGGAACCCCCCCCCCCCUCCCCUCUGCUUCCAUGGCCUGUCAGGCUACAUAUUUAUAAACUACGGCUGGGACUUUAAAUGACUUUUGUGUGCAUUGAAUAAUGUUCUUAGACCUCCCGUUUCCCUUCACACCCUGUAUAUUGUGUUUUCUUCUUACAUUUCUUUUUUUUCCACUUUUUCUCAGGAAGGAGCCAUCAGUGAAUUAUUAAAUAUGGAAAAGGUUGGACUAUCCCACUGAGACAAGAUGCUUGUUUUUUCUCUACAGCCACAUUUAGCAGCUGUCAAGUAUAAAUACAGCUUUACACAGUACAUGGUGGACAGUAGUUUUUCUACUUCAGUGAUAUUUCUUUCAUAAACAGCAGGACAUAAAAUUGCACUUGGGAAUGAGGUUUUAAAGAAAGCAUUACCUUGGGUCAGCUUUUCACUCAUGAAAUUUAACAGGUGGAACUGUACAUGUAAUCGGCUAUUAACUACAAUAUCAAUUUGAUUAAUCAAGAUUUCUGUUAAGUUGUAACCCCAAAGAAAUGAAAUAACAUCUCAAGGUCACUGUCAGCUCUUGUUGCUGUAAGGUGUGGACCUGAUUUUUUUUUUGACUGAUCUUUUCCUUAGAUUGUACUUCAUGGAAUGCAUUAUAUAUUUCAUGAGAAUUUCCUUUCAUAGUUCACCUGUACCAAGGUGUGUCGACGUGCAUCUACUGUGAAAAUAGAAGAAAGCGAGGCAAGUUUUAUAGGCCCAAGCCUUACAUUUCAAAAGGGCCAAGUGUUCUUUGUUUUUUUUUCUAAAGCUUAAGGUUUAUUAUAACUAUUGUAAUUAAUGUUAUGAUUACACUUUAUUUAUGCAAUUGCAUUAAGUUUGAGAACAAAGCUAUUUUUGUCAUGUCCUUUUCACAAUCUGUAGAAAACCUCAGAUGUAUUUAUAUUUAUUAUAUUGAUAGGUUUUCACACAUCCUGUUAAAGAUUGCAGGCUUGCUUUCCUUUGCUCCUUUGGGACUGGAUGGUGCGAAUGCCAAUUUAGGUCAAGUCCCUCUUAAAGCAAAAAGCACUUAUUGUUCCCUGCUGCCAUGGGGACAUUUAAAAUUUUUCUAGACGUAUGGCCUCCACUAAGUUUAGAUUAGAUGAAGAUGGGUUAUUUUUUGGUGUUUCUCUGAUGAAAGCUAGCUCUAGAGGUUAUAGUUCAAUCCCAACUAAACAAAAACAUUGUUAGAGGAUCAUUUUCAGACUUGUAAAGCAAGUUUCCUUUCAUGUUGAGUCCCUUGUACCUGCUUUGAAAUAGUCAUUUCUGUAGAGAAUUAUGGAAAAUUGCUGGCUUCCCAGGAGGAUGUGGUGUGCAGACAACUUUUUAGCUAUGUCCAUUUGAUGGCCACUGUUAACUAUUUGGUUUCAUUUGGGCCUAUAUCCAAGGCACCAUUAAAUCUGUACAACUCUUUGUAAACAUCAACUGUUUGAGUAAAGUUUGGUCUAAGAAAAACAA